AACCCAUUCUGACGUCAUGUCCGUCUUCAUAUUUCUGAGCAGGCAAACCUGGAUCACACAUAAAAUGCCAACGAUGGUGUGAAAACAACGGGAAGAUAGUUAAAGCUUCUCACAAGUAUUAGGGGCUUCUGAAUUGCUAACGAAUACGAAAGCUGUGGAUAUGUACUGACAACCGCUACUUCUUAAGGUGCAGACAAUCGACGUCACAAUGAGCACUUCACUACAUCUUAUCUGCGUAAUGUUCUUCGGCUGUGCAUUUGGUUUAAUUCAGCAAUGUGCAAAAAUACUUCCAGACUCUCCGUAUCAAAUUUCAGUUGAAGUGGGGACGGAGUUCACAGCUAUGUGUAUCUUGACCCAUUCACAGUACACCUCAGAGGACAUUGAAUGGAUCAUGGGAAAUGUUACCCUUCCUCGGGAGUCUUACAAGAAAAUAAAUGAAUCGGCUGUUUCUGUCACUAUGAAGAUCAGUACUUCCAUGAAUAACCCAUUAAAGUGUUCAGCUUCUGCACGGACGUAUUCGUUGAACACAUAUUCGUCAUUUAAAAAUCCAUGCACCUAUGGGAUCUACCUCCAAAAAGGAUAUCCACCAUUACAGCCAAAAAACCUGACAUGUGUUGCUCUUCAAGUUGGCAAAUUAAUAUCCCCUGACUUGACAUGUUCUUGGGAUCAAGAGACAAGAGAUACACUUAUUCCCACCACAUAUACACUCUUUGCAAGAAUUUUGGGCGGCCAGCAGUAUGAUUCUUUUAGUAAGGACCCACACACACGCAGUCUCACUGUCAAUUUAGUGACUUUCCCCAAUCAUAUGAUGUUAGAAGUCUGGGUGGAAGUGAAUAAUACAUUGGGGCAGGUGACUUUAAAAGAAGGGGAAAAAGAAUCAGAAGAGUUUGUGAAACCAAAUCCACCAGCAAAUGUGAAGGUUAUUCCAGAAGACAAAUUCCCAAGUUCCCUAAUGGUUAACUGGACACAUCCCAUUCAUUCAACGACCUUCAAACUAAAGUACAACAUUAGAUACCGCAAAGCAGGCUCUGGCAUUUGGACAGAGGUACCCCAGGAUUUCACUAAAGCUUACACAGAGUCAUUCAGGCUGCAGUUUCUUGAGCCGUACACUGAUUAUGAGGUUCAGAUGCGCUGCAUUAAUCAAAAAGGCCUUGGUUACUGGAGUGACUGGAGUUCCAGUGUCACUGUUCGUACUCCAGAAGCGAUCCCUGGAAGCAGACCAGAUCUGUGGAGAGUCUAUGGAGAUGAUGACUCGGUUGUAAAGCUGAUUUGGAAGGACCCUGUGAAGUCCUAUGGCAAAAUAUUGUCAUAUAACCUCACAAUUGGUGAAGGAAACAGUCCUGAGAGGCUCGUUGUUUAUUCUAAAGAGUACCAAUUCCAUUUAAAGAGGGAAAGCGUUUCUGUCAAAAUAACAGCAAGCAAUUCUGUGGGGGUAUCUCCACCGUCCGCUUUAGUGAUCUCCAGACAUGAGGCCUCUCGUGGAGUAGAUCAAGUGAUUUACUCAGUCCUUGAUGGGCAGCUGCAGGUGGACUGGCUUCCACCCACACAAAUUGGCAAAAAUGUCUCCGAGUACCUGUUGGAAUGGGUGUCUGUUCCUGACAAACAGAGGGACUGGCAGAGAGUGUCAGGAGAACUGAAUAAUACAAUCCUCAAAGGUAACUUCCAGCCUUUCAUACGCUACAAUAUAUCCAUCUAUCCAAUAUAUAAAGAAAAAAAACACUACAACCGGCCAGGGAAGGGUUUCACUGUGGAAGCAUAUCUCCAGCAAGGACCUCCCCUAAAGGGUCCUUCUGUUGAUGUGUCCAACACACAAAAAAACAGUGCUUUCUUGAAAUGGUAUGAGAUUCCAAUAGACAGUCAGCGGGGGUUUCUCACCAAUUACACCAUCUUCUACAAAACAGGAGACACAGACCAAUCUGUUGUGGUUGAGCCUCAUGUCUCCUCAUACAAGCUGACCGGACUGGCAAGCAAAAGUCAGUAUGUGGUUCACAUUAUGGCUUCUAAUGUGGAGGGAUCAGUAAACGGCUCUGACUCCAGUUUUUACACAAAGCAGUAUGAUGAUGGUGAAAUUGAGGUGAUUGUGGUGUUGGUGUGCUUGGGCUUCCUGUUCUUCAUAGCCUUCAUAAUGAUGCUCUCCCUCAAGAACAGAGAAGUGAUUAAGAAGCAUCUAUGGCCACAGGUUCCAGACCCCUACCACAGCACUAUUGCUACCUGGUCGCCUGACUGUCCCAUUAAGACAGACACUCCGAAAGAAGCCACACUGCCUGACGUGAGUGUGGUGGAGGUGGACGUAUUUGACGGGAAGUCUUUAUGUGAGGAGGACAAAACAAUGCUGCCACUGAAGAAGGACAAGUACUUCUCGGAGGAGCACAGCAGCGGAAUUGGCGGUUCCUCCUGCAUGUCUUCCCCCCGACAGAGCGUUUCCGACAGUGAUGAGGGAGACUCGGGCCAGACCACGGCCAGCACCGUGCAGUAUUCCUCUGUGGUGGCCAGCGGCUAUAAGGGCCAGACCCCCAGCCUGCAAGCCCCUGUCUUUGCGCGAUCUGAGUCCACACAGCCCCUUCUGGACUGCGAGGAGCACCAGGAGCAUCUGCUGGAUGGCGGCAGUCAGCAGAGAAACUCUUAUUUCAAACGGGGCAGAGGCUUGGAGCAGCUGCAGCCGCAGGACACAGAGGAACCGGGCUGCUUCAGUCCAACGGAGGAGGAGGACACCCCCACUCUCACAGAGGAUCCUCCAGGCCCCGCUCCCGGUUACAUGCCACAGCAGAGCGGCUACCGACCGCAGCGAGAGGACUGACACAUUGCAAUGUUAACACGACCCCGUGCCUUCAUUUAGUGAUGCCUUUCAAUGCCUGUAUUAAGGUUUAACACUGACUGCUGCUUAACCCAAAACAUUGUUUGUGUUGGAUUUUGGCCGUGAAUGUUUUAGGUCAAACUUUUACUGUUCGACUUAAAAUAUGUACAUGUGCCAAAUUUGUUUUAUGUACAGUGUUUCUUUCAAUCUGUUUUUAAAUCAUGUUCUGUGUAGAAUGUUUUAUAAUAGUUUUUUCCCAGUUUUAUUUGGUUGAAAUAUUUAGUAUGCAUUAUCCUUUUUUGUUUGUUUGCAUGGUAUGAGAAGAAAGAUGGACCUAUCCUGCAUUUCUGGGGCUAUAAGUGCUUUUUAACCAGAAUAAUGGUUAAAUGGGUGGAUCUUUAGUUUUACAGUUUCACCAGUGUUUCUUACCCCCAGAGAGGACUAGGGUAUAAAGUGUCCAACAUUCAUUUGCUGGAAUGAAGUGCAAUGAGGUUUAGACUAAACAUCAGCCACUCUAACUUUACAGUAAAUGACACUUGAACAUCUAGGAGUACUCAGAAACCCAGGACUUUGAGAUCAAAUGAACAAUUAUGAAAUCUGAAAAAAUUUGGAUUAUUCUCCUUUAUUUCAGAAGUAUUGCUGCACUUUUUCAACACAUGGUAUACAGUUUCACAUGAGUUUGGAUUUUGUCUGCGUGUAUGGAUGGAUGUAUGUGGGUGUGGUGUAUGUGCUUGUGUGCAAGAAAACCAACACUACAUUAUCUCUGUGACAUAUUAGGACACCUUUUAAUGCAUGCCUUUUCACAUGUAUCCAAUCCUGAUAUCACUUAUCGCUCAAUAACCUUAUGGGAAAUAAAAUCUCAUUUAUCAAAAUCA